AGCAGUUGUGCUUUAGCAGUUUGUGUUAGUCGCGCGUGAUUUUGUAGCCUUUUGCUUAACGCCUUCGCGUUGUCGUUAGCGUAUCGCGUUGUGCACACGGCGUAUGCUCAAUUUAAUCAGUGUUUAAGUAGCUGCAUUUGCCGCUUAUCGAGUGAACCAAGUGAAAGCCUCUCGUACUCAUAAGGCAGCAAAUUAAGUGUCAUAUGAAUAAAUGACUAAGUGACGUGUGACGCGAAAAUUUCAGCCCAGACACUAGUUGUUUGCGUGUAUAUGGGCAAUGUAUAUGCUUUAGCGCGCACUUAGAGCCCAUGUGAAUAUCCCAACAAUAACAAGCAAUAUACAGAUACAGCGAAGUGUGUGUGUGUGUGUGUGUGUCUGUGUGUGUGCGUCUUCGCAUUGUGCGUUAGUUGCGCUGCUAAUCCAAGAAAAUCUGUCACGUGCUUUGGAUAUUUCUUUGUACUCUACGCGCUGUGUGUUUAUUGAAAAACAAAAAGAUAAAUACCAAGGCACAUACUACAACCCGAAAAUUCGACAAACCGACAGAUGUUGUUUUUAGCUGCCAACUGGCAGAGCAGCCCCCAGGAUAAACAACUCAAAGCCCAAUAACUGAUAGCAAAGGAUACGGCAAGUGAGCAAGAGGUGCAGCAGCAGUCAACAAGGAUGGCAAACAGCCAAAGGUUAUUUAUAACCCGGCAAUGAGAAAACUCAUAAAAAUACAAAAGACGAGCCAAAUAAACAAAAUGCAUCAUUAAAUCACAAAUGAACAAACUAAACACAAACAACAAACUGUGCUAAAUAAAUAAACAGCCAUAAAUAUUUUUUUGCAUGGACAUGCACAAACUUCUAAACGAUCUUCGUGGUGCUGCUGCAAGUGUGAAAAGUUUGUGCGCUAAAUUUGUCCAUAAAACAUUCAACCGUCCCGCAAAUAUCGACGAUUUAUGCUACCAACGUUGAUUUAUAGUAAACUUUUGAUUUUUUUGCGUUUUUGACAAACGCUAAAGUGAAAGUGAAUUUGUCAAUGCUGCAGAAAUAGUUGCCCAGGACUUAUCCUAUUCACACUUAGUUGUGUUGGCUCAGCAAAAGUUCGCAAAAAAGAUUUAAGCGCGUUGUUAAAUGCGUUUACAUAUCGCCCGUGUGGUAAUUGCUGCGUUGCAUUGUCACUGCCUUUGCUACUACAUAUAAGAAGUGAAAGUGUCGAGACUCGCAUUAUUUCUGCGUAGGUGAACAUUUAUCGCGCUCUUCUGGCUGGAGCGCGGCAUGGGAUUGUACUUGCAAAAAAAUCGAUCCAAAAUGCGAAUUGCCAGCGCCAGAAUUGGCGCAAUGCCCACGCCCAGCAUCUGCCCACAUCUGGCACAGUUACUUAUCGGUGGCAUUCUCUACAUGACAAUUGCUUCGCAGACACAGACGACAGCAACAGCCACGGCCACGGUGGCAGCCACCACGUUUGAUGAGAGUGGUGUGGACACAUUAUCCUCCGUUUCAGCUUCAUCUUCAGCCGCAGCCUCAGCUUCAGCUGCAGCCUCAGCCUUUUCAGCCGUUGCCGCCGCACAAGUAUCAGCGCUGGUGCCCGAGGCGAACGCACUGUCGGACACAACGGGUGUGCUGGUGGAGCCUUAUCUGGAUGGAUUUGCCUCGUCAAACGUUACCACACAGAUCGGAACGCACGCGUAUCUGCCUUGCCGGGUAAAACAACUGGGCAAUAAAUCAGUGUCCUGGAUACGACUACGUGAUGGGCAUAUUCUCACCGUUGACAGAGCUGUCUUCAUUGCCGAUCAGCGCUUUCUUGCUCUCAAGCAGCCCGACAAGUACUGGACGCUGCAGAUUAAAUAUGUGCAGGAGCGCGAUAGGGGAACCUAUGAGUGCCAGGUCUCCACAGAGCCCAAAGUGAGCGCACGGGUGCAGCUGCAAGUAGUUGUGCCACGCACUGAGAUUUUGGGUGAGCCCGAUCGCUAUGUCAAGGCUGGCAGCAACGUUGUGCUGCGCUGCAUUGUGCGUGGCGCUUUGGAGCCGCCGACGUUCAUCAUGUGGUAUCAUGGCGCCGAGCAGUUGGCCGCCGACUCCAGACGCCAUCGCACGCAAUUGGAUCCAAACCUACCGGAGGCCAGCGGCGAGGGACAGAGCACGAUUGGCUCAUUAAUCAUCGAGUCGGCCAAGAAGCGUGAUACUGGCAAUUACACUUGUAGCCCGUCAAACAGCCCCAGUGCGACCGUCACACUCAACAUUAUAAAUGGAGAAUCUUCGGCAUCGGCAGUGACGUCAGCGGCGCCCAUCACACGUGCGUAUACUCUUUGCACGCUGGCAUUGCUACUCAGUGUUUUGGUAAUUGGCAGCGGACGUGGAACAUGACCACAGCAGCAGCAGCAGCAGAACUCAUUUAAUGCAUAAACUAUGAGAGCGCCAGAGAGCGAGAGGCGCGCGGCCGCCGCAAAUAAUUCUGCCAAUAAAAUAUAUAUACAAACCAAUAUAUUAAUAACAAAAAGAAAACAACGUAACAUAAUCUCGAGUGUGUCUCUAAGCUAGUUGAUUUUAUCUAAAUUAAACUCAAGCACAGUUUGAACGCCAGCCCAAGCUAUUGAGACGACAUUUGUUUAGGCAAUGAAAAUGAAACUAAUUGUAAAUUCUACGAGCUCUAAGCAACUAGCCCUUAAGCUAUAGCUGCAUAUGCAUACACACACGUAUGUAUUUGUACAUAUAAGUAUUUUACAUUCUGGUUUAGUUGUAACAUACGUGUAACAUUCAAUGGCACAGUGUUUCGUGCUGUGUGCAUAAAUGCAUAAAAGUAAAUAUUUAUGCGGCAUGAAAUGGAAUUGUGUCUCGAUAUCCAUAUCCUGACUGUGUGCACUGGCUUGACAACAGACAGCAGAUAGCCAAAGGAAUCUGCAUCGACGAAACGAUAAAACUGAAAUUCCAUUUUUACUGCAUUGCAUUUGCAGUUAUCGAUUUAAUACACACAAAGAACUUUCAGUUGAUGCGCACUGUUUUCGUUUCAGUUUAGUUUAAACUUAAUUUUAAUCCAUCAACUUAACAAAAAAAGUAACAUAGUUUUAAUACGAGCGCAAACAUAAACAGUUUAAUAGAUAACAAUAUAAAAAUUAAUUCAUUGAAAGUCUCUCAGCCAAAUUGACGUGUUGUAUGAUAUAAAUAAAAAGAUUGCGUGGUGAAAAUGUAUAACAGGAAUGUAAAUUUAUUAAAAAACACGAAGCAUUAAAA